AUGGCGAUCUGUCGAUGGGUUGGAUAUCUAGAUUUGUUCAUCACAUUCACCUGCAACCCCAAGUGGCCUGAGGUACAACACUUCUUGAAUGACAGAAAAUUAAAACCAGAAGAUCGUCCUGACAUAAUAUGUAGAAUAUUCAAACUGAAGUUGGACACCCUACUAUCAGAAUGCCAGAAGAACAAGUUAUUUGGGCCAGUCAUUGGAGUGAUCUAUACCAUAGAGUUUCAAAAAAGAGGCCUACCGCAUGCUCAUAUACUUUUGUUUCUGGAUAAAAACAAUCGAGCACAAAGUGGGGUAAAUCUGGACAACAUUAUUUCAGCUGAGUUACCUGAUCAAGAAACUGAUCCAGAAUACUUCAAAGUAGUUGAGGAGUUUAUGAUGCAUGGUCCUUGCGGGAGAGCACGGUUGACUUCUCCAUGUAUGGCGAAUGGUAAAUGUACUAAAACCUUUCCCAAGAAGUUUGUUAAUUGCUCAACUGUGGAUGAAGAUGGUUAUCCUAUAUAUCGCAGACGAGACAAUGGUCGUUUUGUGAUGCGCAAUGGUAUUCAGUUGGAUAAUAGAUACGUAGUACCACACAAUAGACAUUUGUUGUUGAAGUAUAUGGCUCAUAUUAAUGUAGAAUGGUGUAAUCAAUCCCGUUCAAUCAAGUAUUUGUUCAAGUACGUCAACAAGGGGUACGACAGGGAGACAUCAAAGUUUUACAAAACCAACAUAAAUGAAGAUUGUCCGAAAGUUAUUGAUGAAAUAAGUAUGUUCUAUGAUUGUCGGUACAUUUCACUGUGUGAAGCAUCUUGGCGAUUAUUUGGAUUUGAUAUACAGUUAAGGACACCUUCCGUUGAACGAUUGAGCUUUCACUUGCCAAAUCAACAAAGUGUUGUAUUCGCAGAUGAUGAUCCAGUUGAUAACAUUAUAAGCCAUCCAACAAUCUUACAAAGCAUGUUCUUAGAAUGGUUUGAGGCAAAUAAAACCUACCCUGCUGCCAGAGAACUAACAUAUGCUGAAAUGCCAACUAAAUUUGUAUGGAAGAAAAAUGUUAGGAAAUGGCAGCCAAGGAAAAGAGGAUUUGCAAUAGGUAGAGUUUUCAAUGUGCCACCUAGUACAGGGGAGAUAUUUUAUUUGAGAUGUCUUUUGAAUAAAGUGAAAGGGCCAACAAGUUAUUUGGAUAUCAAAAAAGUAUAUGGUGUGCAAUACGAAUCUUUUAGAGACGCUUGUUCUGCAAGAGGAUUAGUAAAUGACGACAACGAAUAUGUUCAUGCUAUAGAAGAAGCAAGUCAAUGGGCGACAUGUGUAAAUUUGAGAAGAUUUUUUGUCACUCUCUUAAUGUCAAACUCAAUGGCAAAACCAGAAGUUGUGUGGGAAGCUGCGUGGAACUAUUUGUCUGAGGAUGCACAAUUCAAGAUUUGA